CACGUCAAAUGACGCGCCUGUACCUUAUUCACAAUAGGCAGGCAAAUCCCACACUUCAUCUUUAUAUGAUUACCUCACAGACGAGCCCACAGUUUUUAUACAACUUAUUUAAAGCCUGCGUGCGCAGAUUUGCUUAAAGAAUUCAAUUUUUGUUUGCAUCAGAGCAAUUCCUGCAAUGGAAGCCAGAAAAAAAGUUCCAGCCGCGGAAGUUUCAGAAAAGCAGCGAAGGAAGUCAUUUUACAGGCGCUUAAAAGCUUUGUCUCCAAUUCCAUACCUUGUGAAAGUGAGGGAUUAUUAUGUGAAAAGCUUUACGGAGUGCGCAGGAAGGUCCAACGGCCUGCCUCCAAAAGGUCCGGGCGUUGCUUCUCUACCAAAGAGUUUCAGCACAUCUUCUUCAAGAAAUGACGAGGACUUCAUGGAGCUUGUCAGGGCUGCCUCGCAGAGGAGCCAUCCACACCUUUCCAGAUCUUCUUCUGCACAGCAGGAACAGGAUCAUUUUCCGCGAAGCUUCAGUUCCGCCAGUACGGCGCCCUCUGUGGAAAGAAUCGACGAAGACAGCCCCGCCUAUUUUUCAGGAUCUUUCAAGAAAACCUUUCCUGAAGCCGAUCUUCGGUUUCCCCGUAGUCACAGCUACAGCACUGCUCAGAAUUUUCAUGUUCGGAGAAGAAUCGCUGUGUAAUAACCUCUGCUUUGCUUUCCCUCUGUUUUUUCCCUUUUCUUUAACAAACUCUUGCAAUUCUUUUCUCCAAUAUUUUAAUUUCGGUUUUGGAUGUAACUGCUACGCCUUAUUGAUGAUUAAUGGAAGCGGAAAGCUUGGUUUUUCUGCAA